AUGUCCUGGCAGCAGCCGACGGGGAGCAUCAACCCCAACGCGCCGUCCUACGCCCCCGAUGGCAGCGCGUACAUAGGCAACUACAACGCCCAAGGGGCCGGUGGCUACUACCCUCCGCCGCCGCCGCAGCAGCAGCAGCAGUAUGGCGGUGGCGGCUACUACCCCCAGCAAGGAGGCCAGGGCAGCAACUACCAGGGCUUCUACGGCAACCGAGCUGACUACCAGGGCGACAUGUGCAGCCCACAGCAGCAGUGGCAGGGUGGCUCCUACCCCCGCGGUGGCUACGGAGGCCCUCAGCAGCAACGAGGGGGCUACAGGGGCGACAGCAGCUACGGCAACUAUCAGCAGGGGAGCGGCUACGGUGGCCAGCAGGAGCAGCGCUACCUGCAGAACGAGGCCUACCAACAGCAGAUGCCGCAACAACCGGCACCUCCGCAGCCGCAGCAGAAACAGCAAAGGCCCGCUGCCCCCAACCCAGCGCCGAAGACGUCCGCAUCGGAUGCCGCAAAGCUGUCUCUGGGCGGCGGCUCCGCGCAGCCGGUCGUGGCGCCCAAGAAGGGCGGCGGAACUCUUUCGCUAGGUAAGAGGAGGCCGGUGACCACGGCGGCGACGGCAUCGGAGGAUACGGCGCCGCAGUCCUCAGCACCGGCGGUGGCGUCGCCGGUGUCCCCGUCCAUGGCCACUGAAGCGAAGCCUGAGAGUGGCGCGGGCCCAUCGGCAACGUCUGCGGCUGAGAGCCCGGCGCCGGAGAAGGAGUCGGCUGCUGUGACUCAGACCGAGCGCGCCCCGAAGCCUGCCUCUGCGGCCCCUGCCAAGGAGGCGCCGGCGACAACCAAAAAGGACCGCGCGAAGAUGACGCCCGAAGAGCGCGCGAAUCGGUCAA